AUGUCUCGAGCAUCUACAAGCCACGAAAAUGAUGAGUCAGGGUAUCAGUUAAUGACGAGAUCGACUAGUGGGAACGACGCAUUUCCUGUGAGCAAAGAGGAACUGGGGGAACUGUACGACCCGAAGUCUAUGAAUAGGUUCAAUGAAAUAUUCAAAGGUCAAAUCUCGAAUCUGUUUGCGUUCUUACACACGGACCCCAAAAACGGAAUUUACUAUGAUGAAAACAAUGAUCAUAACGAUGGAAGAUACCUUGCAUACGGUGACAAUAGGAUACCGGAGACCCCGCCUAAAAGUUUUGGCAGGUUGGUUUUCGAGGCUUUCAAUGAUAAUACAAUGCUGUUGUUGACUGCGGCGGCGAUAGUCUCAUUCUGUCUCGGGAUGUAUGAGGUGUUCUUCCAACCGCCGGAAUAUGACCCAGAAGGUAACAAAAUUACAAAAGUGGAUUGGAUCGAAGGUAUUGCUAUUAUGAUUGCAGUUGUUGUAGUUGUCUUAGUUGGCGCCAUAAAUGACUUUCAGAAGGAAAAGCAAUUUGUGAAAUUGAAUAAGAAAAAAGAGGACAGAAAACUUGUAGUGAUAAGGACUGGACAGGAGAUCAUGAUUUCUAUAUUAGAUCUUCUGGCGGGUGAUCUAAUCACGUUGCAGACAGGGGAUGUUAUACCUGCGGAUUGUAUUUUGAUUGAGGGCAAGUGCGAAUCCGAUGAGUCCUCAAUUACAGGUGAAUCGGAUGCGAUAAAAGCUAUUCCGUUAUCCUUGGCUCAUGAAAAAUUCGAAAAUGAUCCAAACGAUACUGAUUCUAAUAACUGUUUCCUUAUUAGUGGUUCAAGAUUAAUAUCAGGUUUGGGUAAAGCAGUUGUCACAUGUGUGGGUACGAAUUCUAUACAUGGCAAAACAAUGGCGUCUUUGAAAGUUGAAGUUGAAUCGACUCCAUUACAACAAAGAUUGAAUGAACUUACUGACUGUAUAUCUGUUUAUGGUUGUGCUGCAGCAAUGGUUUUAUUCUUAGUCUUAUUUGUUAAAUUCAUCUUCAAUGUUUCCAAAAAUGGUAAAUAUGGUGAUUUAACACCGCCCCAGAAGGGUGAAAAAUUUAUGAAUAUAUUUAUUACGGCUGUGACUAUUAUCGUGGUUGCUGUACCGGAAGGUUUGCCAUUGGCUGUCACUUUGGCAUUGGCUUUUGCAACCACAAGAAUGACAAAAGAUGGUAAUUUAGUUAGAGUAUUAAGUGCUUGUGAAACUAUGGGCUCUGCUACAGCUAUAUGUUCCGAUAAGACUGGUACUUUAACAGAAAACAUUAUGACAGUUGUAAAAGGCUAUUUAAAUGGGAAACAUUUCGAUGAUAGAUCAGAUAAUUCUGACGAAAACUCUCAAUUUUUUUUCGAAAAAUUUAGUUCUUCGAGUUUAAAAUCAGAUUUAUUAGCAAACAUAACUUUAAAUUCGACAGCUUUUGAAAAUAGAGAAAUUGAUUCAAAUGAAGAAAGCCAGUCGGUUCAAGAAAAUCCAUUCUCUACAAAUAUUGUUCAAAAGGAGAGUACCAUCAAAUCGUUUUUCAAAUAUGGUCAUCAUUGUUCGUCAGCUGAUUCUGAUGAUGAUGCUGGUAAUGACCAAAACGUAUCUCGCAGGAAAAAAGAAGAAUUUAUUGGCUCGAAAACCGAAACCGCCCUAUUGACGUUAGCUAAAAAGUCGCUUGGUUUAAAAGAUUUACGUCAAUUACGUAGCAAUCCAUCAACAGAAUUUGAUGUUGAAAAAAUUGUUCAAAUCAUACCUUUCGAAAGCUCGCGAAAGUGGGCGGCAAUUGUUGUCAAGUCCAAAGAAGCCGAUACUUAUAGGUUAUAUGUUAAAGGAGCAGCAGAAAUCAUUUUCAGUAGAUGCUGUUUUAGAAGAUCAUCUAACGACGAAUUAAAGGUAAUUACAAACGAUAUUGCAAAAGAGAUUAAAGAAGAGAUUCAUUCCCUAGCAUCAGAUGCACUUCGUGCGAUCUCUUUGGCUCAUAAGGAUUUUAAGAAUUGCAAGUCAUGGCCCCCUAGGGAUAUGCAGGACGAAAAUGAUCAUACUAUUGCAAGUGAAGAUAAACUUUUCGGUGAAAAAAUAAAUUACAACGAUCAAAAAAUUGAUGGUAAAUCUAAUGAAAAUGAGAAGAGUUUUGGGUUGAUACUUGACACAAUCGUUGGAAUACAAGAUCCUCUAAGAAAAGGAGUCAAGAAUUCAAUUGCUCAAUGCCAAAAAGCAGGUGUUACCGUUAGAAUGGUGACCGGUGAUAACGUGGUUACUGCAAAAGCGAUAGCAAAAAAUUGUGGUAUUUUACCUGAGGAUGGUUCUAGUGAUGAAAAAUAUUCGAUGGAGGGACCUAAAUUUCGCAAGUUAAGCAAACAAGAGCGUAUUAAACUUUUACCCAAAUUAAGAGUUCUUGCUAGAUCAUCUCCUGAAGAUAAAAGAGUUCUCGUUGAAACAUUGAGAGAAAUGAAAGAUGUUGUGGCAGUUACAGGAGAUGGUACGAAUGAUGCACCGGCUCUUAAGCUGGCCGAUGUUGGCUUUUCUAUGGGUAUUUCUGGUACAGAAGUCGCUAGAGAAGCUUCUGAUAUUAUUCUUAUGACUGAUGAUUUUUCCGCCAUCGUCAAUGCUAUCAAAUGGGGAAGAUGUGUAUCAAUUUCAAUAAAAAAGUUCAUUCAAUUCCAAUUAACCGUUAACGUAACUGCUGUUGUACUGACCUUUGUAUCAUCAGUCUCUUCACAACAAGAAGCUUCUGUUUUAACGGCUGUCCAAUUAUUAUGGGUUAAUUUGAUUAUGGAUACUCUGGCAGCACUUGCUCUGGCUACUGAUAAGCCUGAUCCAAAUAUUAUGGAGCAUGACCCAAUGGGUCGCUCAGCUCCUUUAAUUACCGCAUCGACAUGGAAAAUGAUUAUGAGUCAAUCCUCUCUUCAACUUUUAAUUACCUUUCUCUUAACAUUCAAGGGCCAAUAUUUUUUUUUCCCCGGUAAGGACUCGUUAAGUGGUCAUGAAAGGGAACAGUUGAAUGCAUGUAUUUUUAACACAUUUGUCUGGUUGCAAUUCUUUACCUUAAUAGCAUCAAGAAAACUUGACGAAGCUGAUGGCAUAACUAACUGGAAAAAGCGUGUGACCCAGGAAAACUUAAAUUUCUUUCAAGAUCUGUUCAGAAACGGCUACUUCAUAUCGGUGAUGAUUCUUAUAGGAGCAUGUCAAGUAUUAAUAAUGAUUUAUGGUGGAAUUGCAUUUUCAAUUGCAGAACAAACCACUGCAAUGUGGAUUACCGCAAUAUUCUGCGGUGUUCUGUCGUUACCCAUGGCUUUGCUAGUAAGAAUAUGUCCAGAUGAAUGGUUUCUCCGGUUCUUCCCUGGUAAAUUUUUCAAAAAGGUCAAAGGUAUAUGCACUUUGAAUUUUCGCAGGAGCGGCGAAAGAGAGCAGCUUGAUGAGGAAGCAUUGCUGGCAAGAGAUGGUACUCCCAACUCUGAAGGUUCCACUGAUUAUAAAUAA